AUUCUGAAUUGAAUUGUAAGAGUCCAUCACCUACCACUGAUAACUCCAUCCCUUCCUCUCUCACCCUUCACGCGCAUUUCCAUCUUACUACUCUCAUCACCUUUCUCUCUUUCUCCCUUUCGGAUAGCUCCAUCUCAUCUUAGAUUUGCGAAUUGCAAUCACACACACAUUUCCCUUAAUUCCCACUUGGAUUUUUCACCCUUCACCUACUACUUCUAUAUAGCUUGCUUUUUCUCACACCUCACUAGAUUCGGGCUAAAGAUCUUUGCUUUUCACUUUUUCACCCAGCUAACUUGUCAUGGGGUUUGUUCUGAGAUCUGGGUUCCGAGUGUUCUCCUUCUGAAUGACUUCUGUCUGGCCUUUCUAGAUAAGGUAUCGACAAGGCCUGACAGGAGAUGGGUGGUAAUCUUAAUGCUGAAUUAUCCAAGAAAACUCCAUUUCUUGGCCUCAAGGUUUGGGAAAUAGUUGGAGUUGUGGUUGGAUUGUCUAUUAUUAUGAUCCUCUCCUUGCUCUCACUGUGUCUUACCUCAAGGAAGAAAUCUAGAAAAUCCAAUGAUAAGAACAUUCCUGUUAGUCAGAUACCAACUGUCUCAAAGGAAAUCAAGGAAGUGCGGGUUGAGCAAGUAUCACCGAAUGGGUUUGCUUCCCAUGAUGGAAUACUUCUUACCAUUCAUGACAAAACCGACGACAAAGAAUCAGACAAGGUCAUGGUUCAUUUAGGUGUGGGGAAGAUGAAGAAUAAUGGGGGUAGUAGCAGCCAAUUAGGCUCAUUUCAUCCCAUAGAGAAAGAUGGAGGUGGGUCACUUUCUGGAGAAGAUGGUAGCUUCGGCACGGUUGCGGUGCACAACCACUCUUCUUCUUACCCUAUAACAGCUCCUUCGCCUCUGUCUGGCCUCCCAGAGUUCUCUCACUUGGGCUGGGGUCACUGGUUUACCUUGAGGGAUCUUGAACUUGCUACGAACCGUUUUUCCAAAGACAAUGUCAUCGGUGAAGGUGGUUAUGGAGUUGUUUACCGUGGACAGUUGAUCAACGGGACACCGGUGGCAGUUAAAAAGAUACUCAACAACAUUGGUCAAGCUGAGAAAGAAUUUAGAGUGGAAGUUGAAGCCAUUGGACAUGUCCGGCACAAAAACUUGGUUCGCCUUUUGGGGUACUGCAUUGAAGGGACUCACAGGAUGUUAGUCUAUGAGUAUGUGAAUAAUGGAAACUUGGAGCAAUGGCUUCAUGGAGGUAUGCGUCACCAUGGAUAUCUUACCUGGGAAGCGCGUAUCAAGAUUCUCCUUGGCACGGCCAAAGCGCUUGCAUAUUUGCAUGAAGCAAUUGAGCCAAAGGUGGUACACCGAGAUAUAAAGUCAAGUAAUAUAUUAAUUGAUGAUGAUUUCAAUGCCAAGGUUUCUGAUUUUGGCCUGGCAAAGUUAUUGGGUGCUGGAAAGAGUCAUGUCACAACACGAGUUAUGGGAACCUUUGGGUAUGUGGCUCCUGAAUAUGCAAAUACUGGCCUUCUUAAUGAAAAGAGUGAUGUUUAUAGCUUUGGUGUUUUGCUACUGGAAGCAAUUACCGGAAGAGAUCCAGUAGACUAUGGACGCCCAACACAUGAAGUGAAUCUGGUUGAUUGGCUGAAGAUGAUGGUUGGAAACAGGAGAUCAGAAGAAGUGAUGGAUCCAAACAUUGAGACAAAACCAUCAAUCAGAGCUUUAAAACGGGCACUCUUAACUGCUUUAAGAUGCUUGGAUCCAGAUUCUGAGAAAAGGCCCAAGAUGAGCCAAGUUGUGCGUAUGCUGGAGUCAGAAGAAUACCCUUUAGCAAGAGAGGACCGGAGGAACAGAAGAAACCGAGGGGAAAGUGGUGAUAUUGAUUCCCAAAAGGAUUAUUCUGACACAGACAAGAGUGAGAUUCAAGGUUCUAGAUAAAAGGGAGCAGAGAAAGUGUAACAGCAGACAUGACUGAAAAAACACAAGGUUCUUUCAGAGGAUGUGUGGUUGGUUAUUGGGAUGGGAUGCGUAAAGUGGUAGGUUCUUUUUUUUUUUCGCUUGGAGAGUUUUAACCCUUUAGAUCCUUGGAUUUGCUUCCUAUGAUGGGCAAUGCAGAGGGGUCGGUAUAUAUUUAUUUUGAUUAUUUUCCCUUAUUUUUUAAAUUUAAUUUAUCUUUUUUGUUGGUCUCCUUUUGUUUGUAGAAUAGAUAGAUGUUUGUGUAUGAAGGGAAAGUGGGUUGUAAUGGAAAAGAAGAUUAUGAACCCAAGAUAUUGGGGGUGUGUACAUAAAUGGUUAUCUUUCCAAUA